AUGGCCAAUGGCAUUGAAGAUCUUAUCGGGAUCCCAUUCCCGAACCACAGCAGUGAAGUCUUAUGUGGUUUAAAUGAGCAGCGGCAUGACGGCCUCCUCUGCGAUGUCAUCCUCAUUGUACAGGACCAGGAGUACCGGACCCAUCGGUCCGUCCUUGCUGCCUGCAGCAAGUACUUCAAAAAACUCUUCACUACCGGCACUUUAACAGACCAGCCCUAUGUUUACGAGAUUGACUUUGUCAAGCCUGAAGCACUUUCCGCCAUCCUCGAGUUUGCCUACACCUCAACCCUCACCAUCACCACCUCAAAUGUCAAGCACAUCCUCAGCGCUGCCAAGAUGCUGGAGAUCCAGUGCAUUAUCAAUGUAUGCCUUGAAAUCAUGGAGCCCGACAGAGAGGCAGAAGAGGAAGAUGACAAAGAGGACGAAGAUGACGAUGAAGAUGAAGACGAAGAGGAGGAAGAGGAGGAGGAGGAGGAAGUGGAAGAUUUUGUCAAUCAGGAGAACCUAACCGAUGUCCAAGAAGUAAGCUGUCACCAAAGCCCUUCUAAGUCUGAUCUUACCGAAGAAGCAUAUACAGAAGCACCUAAAGACUUUCCAAAUCACUACCCAGCCAAUAACUCCUCUGGACACUUGGGUGUGAUACGAGACUUCUCCAUCGAGUCCUUGCUAAGGGAAAACUUGUACCCUAAGGCGAACAUCCCAGAAAGGAGGCCAGCUCUCUCUCCUUUCGCCCCUAGCUUCUUCCCCCAUCUAUGGAACGGUGAUUUUAGCUCCUUCUCCCAGCUCGAGGAGCCACAAGUAGACAACGGCCCCUUGGAUCUGGUGAUCAAAAAGAGGAAGAUCAAGGAAGAGGAGGAGAAGGAAGACCUGCCUCCGCCUCCUUUCCCUAAUGACUUCUUCAAGGACAUGUUUACCAACACCCCAGCAGCUCCCUUAGGGCACAUUAAGGCAGAGACUGACUAUAGCGCUUAUCUCAAUUUCCUAAGCGCUACCCAGUUUGGAGGAGUUUUUCCCCCAUGGCCCCUGGAGGAAGAGAGGAAGAUAAAGCCCAAGGCGUCCCAGCAAUGUCCCAUCUGUAACAAAGUCAUCAUGGGGGCCGGGAAGCUGCCCAGGCACAUGAGGACCCACACGGGAGAGAAGCCGUAUAUGUGCAAUAUCUGUGAAGUCCGCUUUACCAGGCAGGACAAGCUCAAAAUCCACAUGCGGAAGCACACGGGGGAGCGGCCGUACCUGUGCAUCCACUGCAACGCCAAAUUCGUGCACAACUACGACCUGAAGAAUCACAUGCGCAUCCAUACGGGCGUCCGGCCCUACCAAUGCGAGUUCUGCUACAAGAGCUUCCCCCGCUCCGACCCCCUCCAUCGCCACAUCAAACGCCAGAGCUGCCGGAUCGCCCGA